UGUGUCACGUGGACUGGAUAUUGGUUCAUUAAACCGUUCAAGUGGACAUUAACAUGUUUUGACGAUUACUACACACUGGACGUGGUGAUUACAUCCUACGUAUUCACGAGGGCUGAUUCGUAUUCGAGGAAAUGCAACCCACGGUUGAGUAGCGGAUGUUCGCCUUAGAGCGCGCGGGCUUAUGGGUAAUGUUAGGUGCAGGCACUACACGCUGAAGACUGGUGGUGGAAAAAUAGCCCCCGCAGUUGGCGAGGUUAACUGUUUUGCAAGUGUACGCUGAUGGCAUGUUGAACGCUUGUUUCUGUCGUGUUCCGCAAGAGUAACAAGGUAAUUACGUAAACAAUGCUCGCCCAAUCCUUUGAUAACAGGAGCAACAUGAGUCUGAACGAGCAUUCACUGCAAGCUCUGUCCUGGAGGAAGCUGUACCUGAGUCGAGCUAAACUGAAGGCUUCCAGUCGGACAUCAGCACUGCUUUCUGGAUUUGCUAUGGUGGCUAUGGUAGAAGUACAGCUGGACAACAGCUAUCCUUACCCUCCUGCUCUACUCAUCGCCUUCAGUGCCUGCACCACUGUGCUUGUAGCUGUCCACCUGUUCGCUCUGAUGGUCAGCACCUGCAUUUUGCCUAAUAUAGAGGCUGUCAGCAAUGUCCACAACCUUAACUCUGUGAAGGAGUCUCCACAUGAGCGAAUGCACCACCACAUUGAACUGGCAUGGGCUUUUUCAACAGUUAUUGGUACCUUACUCUUCCUAGCUGAGGUGGUUCUACUCUGCUGGGUCAAAUUUUUGCCAGUUAAGCCCAAUAAGUCCAGUAAUAAUACCGUUUCGGCAGGUGUGGCGGCAGCUAUUACGUCCACCUCGAUUAUGGUUCCUUUUGGUUUAGUCUUCAUAGUGUUUGCGGUGCAUUUUUACCGCUCCUUGGUCAGCCACAAGACUGACAGACAGUUUCAGGAGCUGGAGGAACUUUCUAAUCUCACCAGACUACAAAACGAGCUGGACAACAGAGGGGAGUCGUCCAUUUUGCAGUCUCCAAGCUCACAUUUCCCAUAGUGAAGUAUGGUGGAUACGCAUUUUGGUGGAACUCUUGACUGCAAGUCAGAAGCCACAUUAUUGGCUUCUAAUUUUUUACAGGAAUGAGGAUGUCUCACUUCUUUGUGACAUUUAAUUUUGUGAAAAGAGUUGUAUUUUUUAGAAAACACGUUUGUUCAACUGUGAACUCAAAAAUCUGCCGUAAUGCAUGUCUUAAAAUCAAAAACUUUUAAAAGUUUUAACUAUGAUAGUAAUAUAAUAGUUUGAUUUAACUCAUCUUAUAUACACAAUGACAGAGGUUUUCUGAACAGUAACUUGGAACCCUGUCUGUUGCCUGCUGCGGUUAUUUACCUGUUUUUUCAGAGAACACUGCAUUUGUUAAUAAAUAGUACCUUGUUGUGUUUUGUAAAUCAAAAGUAUUUCAUUCUCCUCCUUGUUCACCAUGUACAUGAUUUUCUUGUGAUGUUCACCAAUCGUUUUUGUGAUGCUUGCAGAUUGUAGACUGACUCAACAGCUGCUAAAACAAAUAUGUUCUUAGUUUAGUAUAUUUUCUGACCUCUGCAGCAGAGGCUGUGGUGUUAAAAUAAACAUUUUAUAUCAAAUGGCAUUCAAAGUUUCAGAAUUACAAAAAUUAUUUCGAUGUACUAUUUGAGAACAUAAUAUCUCUUUUAUCUAUGAAAUGUUCUUGUAAUUAUUGACACAGCAUGUCACACCAUUUUGCAAAUGCAACAUUUUAAGUUGACUUAUACAUAUCAGUUUUCACCUAGCAUCACUCUUAUGCCGGAUAACCAACUGAGCCAGCCCUAUCUGAUGGUGAAUGGUCAUUUAUCCUCAGGAGAUUUUUUUAAGAAAUCCCACUCAUAUUUCAGCAUCUGUGGACUACUUGUCUACAUCAGACACUAGUGUUUUUCUGUGCUUCAUUUUGUUGAGACUAAGCACUCUACAUGUCUCACAUAUCCUGAAUUAGCAUGUUGCUUUCAUCAUCAAGCUGUUUAUUUACAUUUAUUUUAACCAGGGUUUUAUUCUCAACAAUUUAGGGAAACGGAUCAAUCUUUAAGUUUAAGAGUUGAAAGUCUGUAUUGGAUGAGGUAGAAGUUCCAAAGUGAAAGCUAAGGUAGUGAGUUGUUGGUGGUGUUAUCUUGUCACAUGGUUGUAAUUAUUCCCUCAUAAUUAGACGUUUGGGUGGGUUGGUAAUGAGAGGAGAUCCUUUCAUCUCAAGGUAUGAGUGUUGUCAGAGUGCAGUGUAGAAAAAAAAAAUACAGUUAUGGCUAAUAUUUGAUCAGUCCUUAUAAGAGAAAAUAUCAGAUGUCCUUUUGAUAUUUCCAUUUACUAAUAUUACAUUUAUUACAUAACCUUUGAUUAUGUGUGUACAUUAGUACCAAGUCUGUCAAAUAUUGUUAAAUCAGUAACUAGUUAUAUCAUUAGGUAUUUUCUUAAUGUAUGUAGUAAAAUGUUUUAGGAACCCUAGAACUGAGCUGAUCUAUAAUAUGGUAAUUAGAGUUAGCAGCAAGAUGUUUAUUAUCAUGACAGUUACAUUGUUUAAACAUCUGUGUUAGUAGUAAACUGAUUAAGAUGUUAAAUUAGAUCACUAUCUUUUUCAACUCAUUUGAAAUAUCAAUAGAUGUUUUUGGUUUGCACCACAGACACAAA